UCAUCAUCUUUCUUUACAAUCCAAAGUCAGCUGCCUAGCUAAUACAAGCAUCUCUUUCUCUCUCUCUCUCUCUCUCUCUCUCUCUCUCUCUCUCUCUGAGAUAUUGUAUCCAUGGAGAACUGGGAUUUGCAAGCUGUGGUAAGAGGGUGCAAUAACAAUAUAGAUGAAGUCAUGGAGGACUCCCAAAUACCAUAUUUCUGUGCUCCUUUAAGCUUUCAAGAAGACAACGAACUGUUUGCUGCUAAAUUUCCUCAGGCCUUUGAAGCCACAACAACUUUAGAUGAAUUGGAGGAGCUUUACAAGCCUUUUUACCCAGUUUUUCAACUUACAACCCCACCAACUAUUCUUACCUCUUCCAUAUCUGUCCCCCAAGAAAUCAUCACACUAGCACCCAAGCUGAUAAAAAACAUGGAGGAAUCAACACCUGUUCGUAAAAGAAUAAGUAGGAAGAAUCAGAACAAAAGGGUUGUGAAAGAGGUUAAAGCAGAAGAUCUCUUUUCGGAUGUGUGGGCGUGGCGUAAGUAUGGGCAAAAACCCAUCAAAGGAUCGCCAUAUCCGAGGAGCUAUUACAGAUGCAGCAGCUCAAAAGGAUGUUCAGCGAGAAAACAAGUAGAAAGGAGCUGUUCGAAUCCUGAAACGUUCAUCAUAACCUACACUGCAGAACACAACCAUGUUUAUCCAACUCGUCGAAACUCUCUUGCUGGCAGCACCAGAAGCAAGUUCUCUUCAUCUAAAAACAAGGACAAGUGUGGUAGUUCUUUGAAUUCUCCAGCUACGCCUAAUAUUGCCGCAUCCAUUGAAGAUGAUCGUGAGUUUGUGGAAAGCGUGAAUAUUAAUGCUGUAAAAGUGGAAGCAAAAUUGUCGGAACAGGAUGAAAUUAGUAAGGAAAAUUUUUUUUUGGAUACUACGGUGAAUGAUGAAAUUUUCCCAAGCUUAGAGGAUUUGGAUAGAAAGUUGGAACCAGUCAUGGAUGGUUGGUUUUCGGAUGAAUUUUCAGACAAUUUUCCAAGUCCUUGGUUCAAUAUUAAGGGUCACUCUAAUACUGUAACCGGUGCUUGCUGAUUCACCAGAAGUCAUUCAUGAGAGAGUAACAUUUGGUUGUAUAUCAACAAUUUGUAUCAUCACUAUCUCUUCCCAGCCUUUCCAAAUUUUCUUUUAUUUCGGUCUAGCUUUUUACAGACAGCAAUAUCAUACAGAAGAUGCGAGUAGCAAGUCAACAAAGUUGAUGAGUUCAAACUAAGUUAGCCGGGUUUGUUUUUUUCCUUCCUAAAAGAUGUAUUUAUAAACAUAAAAUUGUAACUAAUCUCAAUAAAAAAGUGUAUUAGGUAUACGGACAAGGAUUAGAAUGA